GAACAGUAAAUAUAAAAUGCAUCCGCAUCUCUGCAUAACAGUGCUUUGCAGUGAAACCCUUGCGUAGUUUGUAAUCUAAAAAAGCCCCUUUUUGCAAUUCAAUUCUCUCUCAAAUGGCGAAUAGCAGCAAUCUUCCUCGUCGCAUCAUCAAAGAAACUCAGCGUCUUCUCAGCGAACCAGCGCCUGGAAUAAGCGCAUCGCCAUCUGAGGAUAAUAUGCGAUACUUCAAUGUCAUGAUUCUUGGGCCAACACAAUCUCCAUAUGAAGGUGGGGUAUUUAAGCUUGAGUUAUUUUUGCCUGAAGAAUACCCAAUGGCUGCUCCCAAGGUCCGGUUCCUUACCAAAAUUUACCAUCCUAACAUCGACAAGCUUGGAAGGAUAUGUCUUGAUAUUUUGAAAGACAAAUGGAGUCCUGCUCUUCAGAUUCGUACCGUACUGUUAAGCAUUCAAGCCCUUCUGAGUGCUCCGAAUCCUGAUGACCCACUCUCUGAGAAUAUUGCAAAGCAUUGGAAAACAAAUGAGGCUGAAGCUGUUGAGACAGCAAAGGAGUGGACCCGUUUGUAUGCUAGUGGUGCUUAAAGAAAUUGCUCAAUGGAAGGGCGCCAAAAUAACAUAAUCUGCAAUGUACUCUAUUGAAGCACUGAUGGGUUGAACAGGAUCAAUUUUAUAUUCUCAAAACAUACUAGCUCAUAGAUAGUCCCGUUCAGAACCUUGAUAUUGAAAAGUUGAAAACUGUAAUUUGCGGCAUGGUGUCCUCCUUCUGUUACCUUAUAUCAUUAUAAUUUAUAGCAAUGCAUGAAAUUAGCUGUU